CUCCAAUAACGGAGAAACCAAACAAAACCAUCAUUCAUAAAUCAACCAUGAAGGGUUGCUUUUCCACAAAGUCUUGAUUACAUAAACAUCUGAGGAGAGGAGGAGCAUCAAAGCUUCGGAGAAGAUGAGCAUAAGGAGCUACCAUGUAGAUGACAUUUCUUUCUGUUUGCAAGCUCCAGCCUUCAUUGAAUGGCUCUCGCCAACAACCUCACCUUCUUCCUCUUCUUCUUCUUCAAUAACUCAGCAAGCUCAGUGCACAAGUCCCACAAGCUGCCUAGCACAGCCUCCCUUUUAUAAGAGACAAGAAGAAGAGCUCCUUCAGCAAAACAACCGAUGCCUACCUCUCCUAAGCAGGUUAUCUGAAACUAAGCCCUUGAAAGAAGAAGCCAUUCAACUGGAAGAGGAGAGUGGCCUAGGUUUCAAAGAUGAGAAACUAGAGAAGGUUACUGUGGCCUUGCACAUUGGGUUGCCAAAUUUGGAAGAUUCUGAGACUGAAAUGAAGUCCUUAAGCUAUAAGGAAGAGGAAUCCAUGAAGAAGAACUUUGAAGAUCGUCCAUUGAGCACUGAGAGUAGAUUUUGGAUUCCCACACCAUCUCAGAUCCUUAUUGGGCCAACCCAGUUUGCUUGCUUCCUCUGCAGCAAGACCUUCAAUAGGUAUAACAAUAUGCAGAUGCAUAUGUGGGGCCAUGGUUCACAGUACAGAAAAGGACCAGAAUCACUCAGAGGAACACAACCAACAGCAAUGUUGAGACUUCCUUGCUAUUGUUGUUCCCAUGGUUGCAAGAACAACAUCAAUCAUCCUCGAGCUAAACCACUGAAAGAUUUCAGAACUCUUCAAACACAUUAUAAGAGAAAGCAUGGAGUGAAGCCAUUCAUGUGUAGGAAAUGCGGCAAACCAUUUGCAGUUAAAGGAGAUUGGAGAACACAUGAAAAGAACUGUGGGAAGCUAUGGUAUUGUACAUGUGGAUCAGAUUUCAAACAUAAGAGGUCCCUAAAGGAUCACAUUAGAUCCUUUGGAAAGGGUCAUUCUCCACACCCUUCUCAUAAAUGCUUGGUAGAAGAAAAAGAAUGCCUCACAGGAUCCGAAGAUGAAGUGGGUUCAGGGAGACCAUAGAAGUCUCUACUAGUUUACUUUUAGUUUGAAGAUCCAUGACCCAUUUCAAUCUCUUUGCUUUUAAGUAGUUAUUAGGGUUUUAGUUUUGUGAGCUUAUCUAAGCUUGUGCUCUGAAACAAAAAACUCUCAACAAGUGUCUACAGGAAACACAGAGAGAGUCGUUUGCUUCGGAGCACUGGCAGAAUGAUGAGCCAUAAUAACUUUUAGACGGUUCGGUAAGUGGCUUUGUUAGUACAGUUGUGUUUCCUUGAAGCAUGGUCAUGAAGUAGCUGAAUUUUCUUCAGCCUCAAGAACUUGAAAGCAGCCCGGAAUUAUGUUCCAGGAAUCAGGUGUCUGUAAUCAUUCAAUGGGGAAAAUUUGUCCACUUCAUUGACUAACUAGUUAUAUUAAUAUAAUAAAUGGGUUUGUUCUUUUCAUCAA